UGUGGGCGGUGGCGGCGGUUCCGGUUCCGGCGGCCGUGCGGGGGAGGCAGCGGCGGCGGCGGCGGCAGCAGCGAGGCGAGCGGCGCGUACCCCGCAUCGGCACCGCGGCCCGGGCGCGCUCCGCCGCCCCCCCGCCCCCGCGUCACCCGCCGGACCCGGCCCGGCCCGCGCCGCCCCCGCAGUCAGCAGGAGGGAGAAAAUGAAAGCAGGCUGCAGCAUUGUGGAUAAGCCAGAAGGAGGAGGAGGUUAUCAUUUCCCAGAGUGGGCUUACAAGACUGAGUCCAGCCCCGGCUCCCGGCAGAUCCAGUUAUGGCAUUUCAUCCUGGAGCUGCUGCAGAAGGAGGAGUUCCGCCAUGUCAUCGCCUGGCAGCAGGGCGAGUACGGGGAGUUUGUCAUCAAGGACCCUGACGAGGUGGCCCGACUGUGGGGCAGGAGAAAAUGCAAACCCCAGAUGAACUACGACAAGCUGAGCCGGGCGCUCAGAUACUAUUACAACAAGAGGAUUCUCCACAAGACAAAAGGCAAAAGGUUUACCUACAAGUUCAACUUCAACAAGCUGGUGAUGCCCAACUACCCGUUCAUUAACAUUCGGCCUAAUGGUGUUGUGCCACAGAGCGCUCCUCCCGUCCCCACAGCUUCAUCCCGCUUCCAUUUCCCACCGCUGGACAGCCACUCUCCCACCGAAGAUGCCCAGCCCAGCCGUUUCUCCAGUGCGUCCCUGGUCCCAUCCAACCCCGAAGCGUUGGGUGACGGUGGCGAGAGGAAGCCAGACAUGCCGGAGCUGGAGGACGGCUCCUCGGAUUGGCGCCGUGGCGUGGAUCUCAUGGCCUCGCGCAACGCGGUGGGCGCCGGUAGCGUCAACCACCAGAAGCGCAAGCCCGAUAUUAUGCUCCCUCUCUUCACCAGGCCCGGGAUGUACCCGGAUCCUCACAGCCCCUUCGCCGUGUCCCCCCUGCCAGGGCGUGGCGGGGUCUUAAACGUCCCGAUCUCUCCUGCCUUGUCCCUGACUCCAACCAUUUUCUCCUACAGCCCCUCUCCGGGCCUCAGCCCCUUCACAGGUAGCAGCUGCUUUUCUUUUAACCCUGAAGAAAUGAAACACUACCUGCAUUCACAAGCUUGCUCCGUCUUCAACUACCACCUGAGUCCGCGGACUUUCCCCCGCUAUCCGCUCAUGGUGCCACCACUACAGUGCCAAAUGCCCCUGGAGGAGCAGCCCCAGUUCCCCAUCAAGCUACAGCCUCCCCCCGUGGGGCGCAAAAACAGGGAGAGACUGGAAAGCGCCGAGGAGCCGGCGGUCCCCCAGCUGGCCACCCCUCCUCCCAGGGUCAAGGUGGAGCCCGCGAUGGACAAGGAGGCAGAGUGUGAAGAGCCAGCGGUGAAAGGAAAAGACAAAACUGAGCGAGAGGAAGGUUCCAGCGCGGCAGCCAGCCUGGAAGAAGAGAAAGCACCUGUGUUUGCCAGACCGGCUGCCCCGUCGUGGCACCCAGCCCCCCCGGCACCCACCCAGGCCGGCUUCUCGGCUGAAGAACCCCAGGAGCAAGGGGAGAGCAGCGGGGAGAAGUCAUCCCGGGAGCCUGCCGGAGAAUCAGGGGCGCAGGAGAAGAGAGAGGACGCCCUGAUGCCUCCAAAGCUGCGUCUCAAGCGCCGCUGGAACGGUGACCGGCAAGCGGAUGUCCCCGAGGAGCGUCAGAACGGCCGAGUCCACUGGAACGGGGCGCUGGGCAGCCCGCACCUCGCGGCGGCUCCCAAAGCCGUGACGGCCACGGCUGCCUCCGACACCUAAGGCCGGGGGAGCCUUGCGGUCCGUCUGCGCUGCAAACAUCCGUGUAUUUAUGUAGCAAGGUUGCAGAGCGUGGGGGGCGGGCGGGGGGCUGGGGCUAGCCUGGUUUGGUAAUUCUAGAAACUAGGGGGUUUGUGUUCUUUGUUUUCCUUGUUGAAUUGCAGGUGAGACGCGGUUGUCUUGCUCCGAUUAGGAGAGGCGAGGGAAGCCGGCCGCCCUUGUGCGCAAGCUUCACACCUUGCACGAACUCCAGCGGGGUUGAGGCCUCCACCGGGACGGAGGAACUCCAGACACGGUCUAUUUUCUAUGCGCUCUAGUAUUUAUAGAAGCAGGAAUCUCUGAAUUCAUCUAGUUCCCUUUUUUAUAUAUAUAUAUAUAUAUAUAUAUAUAUACACGGAGCCUGGUGCGAUGGUGGGAGAGGAUUUCCUGCCCGUUCGAGAUGUGCUGUGCAUCAGCCUCGGGAGCCGUCUGUAUUUUUUUUUUUUUUUUGGAGGGGGGGGAGGAAUCAGGGGGACGGGACGAGGAAUUAUUGCACUGUCUGUGGAGCGGGGAAGGUUGCGGAAAAAAAACACAACUCAGAAAAUCACCGGUGCGCCAGCAAGGUGGGACGCUGCUGGAGAGGGAGGCGCGUCCCCAGCAAGCGGAUCUCGGGGCCGGGGGAGGGGGGGGAAGCGCUUCAGGAGAUGUUAAGUCGUCCCUUUCGCCUUUCUGAAAUACUGCAGAAGCCAUGAGCAAAAUAUUUAAAAAAAAAAAAAAAAAAAAAAAAAAAUCUUUCAGGGAAGGGAGCGGGGUGAGAAAAAAAAAUAACCUAAUGCCUUUAAUAUACGCAUUAAAAUGUACCCUAGGUUUUUUUUUUCUUUUUUUUUUCUUUUUUUUUCCUAAUUGUCUGGGUGGAGUUGGGAGUGAUUGGAAGAUUAACACUGAAAUGCUUGUGGUGAGUUCAUAGAGAAGGAAUGACAGGAGCUUUGUUAAAUCUGAUUUCCUUUGUUUGGUUCCCCUAUCACUUUGACUCAUGCCUUAACUACGCGGACACUUUAUGCGAGCAGGGUUCUAUGGACGGGAGCAGCCAGAGCCGGACGCGUUUGGCCGAGGUCGGGUUUUUCCCGAGGUUUUUGGCUUGUGCCUGAUGAUGGAGAAGUGCUGGAGAAGCGCGGUGGUGGUGGUGGUUGCGGCUCGGCGGCUCCGUUGCCGCAGGCUGGGUCGAGGCACGGGUUCGCAGUGUAAAUCUCGCUGUAUUUUUGCUGUAAAUCUGCUCUUUCCCUACGCAGCUGCGUUUGUCGUUAGGCUGAUUAACUUAGAACUCUGGAUUCCGUUGAGGAAUGCGCUCGUCUCCCACCGCGGCGGGGGACGAAUCCCUAACUGAUUCCUUGAAAGGAGCUUGGAAAGACCCGAUCUCCACGGGGAUAGAGCCGUGUCUCCGGAGAGCAGCUGAUUAUUCACGCGAUCGUAGGCGAGAGGCGUGCGCGGGCAGAUUCCUUCAGUCGAGGACUCGGGAACUGUCGGAGGAGGGCAGGGAGCGCGUGUGCGAGCACAAAAUUCUUUGCCAACGUUCGUAGGCAGAGAGCCGGGGCUGCUCGGGAGAUGCCCAGAGGAGAUGCUGGUGCGUGGUAGCCGGGGGAUGCGGGAGCUGUGAGCCGCUUGCCUGGGCGAGCUCGGAUCCGGCACCUGGAUUGACCUCCACGGUCAGAGCCCGAGCGUGGAGGAAAAAGGGGGGAAGGAACCCCUCAAUCCGGCCCCGGAGAGGGUGUCGGCGAGUGAACUCAGGAAUUAGAAACACGAGGCCUUUCCCAUCCGUCAUGCAUAUCGUCACCCCCCCUCGCGCCCAAGUGCCGGAGCCCGCGGGCACCGCUCCCGUUUGGGGAGGGGGCCAGGGCAGAGGUGGGGGGGGGGGGGGGAAGCUGCCCUUCUCGCCCUUCGUUUAAGGCAAAAAAAAAAAAAAAAAAAAAAAAAAAGUUGAACUGUUGUUUGGCUUUAAAAGUUUGUAAUCGGUUGGGGGGGGGGGGGGGCCUGGGGAGGGGAAGGGGGUGUUGUCUUCAUAGCCAUUGCACUGCAAACCGGGAACUCCGCGUUCAGGGAUAAAGGACUCAGGUUCUCAGGACAACAACGGACCAGUGACCGGCUGCGGGUGAUGGGCUUCGCUUUUUGGGGGGGCGGGGGGCUGGCUGGGCCCCCCCCCCUCCACCGUCACCCACGUCCCCCACCAGCUCCGGGGCUCACCUCGGUGUGAGGCAGGGGGGCUCCUCCCGACCAGACUUAGCAGCAGCCUCGGAGGAGGGCGCUUAUAAAUACAUUUUAAAUAAGAAAACGCCACAAAAAGAAAAAAAACAAAAAAAACACACACGAAAAAAAAAUUAUAUAUAUUCCGAUGUGCCAAAAUAUUUAAACU